UUUAGUGAAACUGUUUCGGAAGAGUUGUGGACUGCGUGUUCGUGUAUUUUCGAUUUAUUAAUUUAAUUAUACAAUUUCGUUUUUAUGAAAGUUUGAAACAUUGAACCUGGUAUAUUUUUAAAUCUAUUUCCUACAAUAUGGAUGGCAAAAACGAAGAAAAGAAGCAAAUUCGUGUGUGGUGUGAUGGAUGCUAUGACAUGGUCCAUUUUGGACAUGCAAACUCACUCAGGCAAGCUAAAGCAUUAGGAGAUGUAUUGAUAGUAGGAGUCCACACUGAUGAAGAGAUUGCGAAGCACAAAGGCCCACCAGUGUUCACACAAGAAGAACGAUACAAAAUGGUCAAAGCAAUCAAAUGGGUUGACCAGGUCGUAGAAGGAGCACCCUAUGUCACUACUUUAGAAACAUUAGACAAAUAUCAGUGUGAUUUCUGUGUACAUGGAGAUGAUAUCACAGUCACAGCUGAUGGAAUUGACACAUAUCAUUUGGUUAAGAAAGCUGGAAGAUACAGAGAGGUGCUAAGGACAGCAGGCGUUUCUACGACAGACUUGGUUGGUCGAAUGCUGCUUCUCACAAGAGAACAUUUCAAGAGAGGUGACAAAGAAUACUCAGUGGCGCUUGAACACUCCAACAACCUUGGGACAGACUCGACGGCGCGGUCGCCCUAUACGGGAUGCUCUCAGUUCCUGCCCACAACACAGAAGAUCAUUCAGUUCAGCAGCGGCUUGUCGCCGAAACCUACAGAUAAGGUGGUGUACGUAGCGGGCGCGUUCGAUCUAUUCCACGUGGGACACUUGGAUUUCCUGGAGCAGGCGCACAAGCAGGGAGACUUCCUGAUCGUGGGGCUCCACACCGAUCUCGAAGUCAACCGGUACAAGGGCUCCAACUACCCAAUUAUGAACCUCCAUGAACGGGUGCUGUCGGUGCUGGCUUGCAAGUACGUGCACGAGGUGGUGAUCGGAGCGCCCUACGACGUGACGGUAGAGCUGAUGGACCAUUUCCGCGUGAAGCUGGUCUGCCACGGGCUCACCGCCAUCGCGCCCGGUGCAAGCGGCGUCGACCCAUACAAGGUGCCAAAGCAACGGGGGUGCUUUAAGAUCUUAAACUCUGGCAACACCAUGACCACAGAUGACAUAGUUCAACGAAUAAUCCGCCACAGACUUGAAUUUGAACUUCGGAACUCCCGCAAAGAACAAAAAGAGGUAAACAUUAUGAAAACCAUACAGAAAGACCACGUCAAGCAAAACGGUACCUUAAACGGCGAACACAAAAAUAAUGCGACGGAAGUUCAUAACUAGUGUAACCAAAAAUAUGUGUGUAAUAAUGUAUAGAUUCAAUGUGCUAUCUAGACAUUUAAUAUUAAUGUAUUUAUUGAAUUAAAUUUAUUUGUGUUGUUGCAAAACACAACGUUGUUAAUUCUGAGGACUUAAAAUAGCAGAUGGACAGUUUCAAUAAGUAUUUGGCCCCUCAGAACUAACACCGUUGCUUUUAGAAUUAAUUGAAAUGAAAUCGAAAUAUUAUACAACUAUGUAAUUUGAUUUUUAGUUGGAUUCUUCAGUAGGUCUUUUACUCUAGAAUGGAUCACACUUGCCAUUUUAAUACUUCGACAUGCGUGUAAGCAGACUAAAUAGGAAAUUAAUUGUCUGGAGCUACCGGCGGCUCGCACGUUCUUCAAAAUAUAUUUACUCGAGUGAUUUUUAAGUAAAUCUGUACAAAAGAUUGACUCGUCCUUGAAAUCGAUAGAUUUAAAGGGCGAUUUAAAUCCUUUGAACAAAAUAUUUAAAGAUCCCUGCUAAGAUUUAUUCCACGCAUCUCAACAAUGUAUUUAUCGCUUUUUAAUUAAUCGUGUGAACGAAAGGCCUACCUCCUCCACUGUAAUGCUUAAUUAUCUACUUUUUGGGACACAUAAGAUAGAAUACUCAUGGCUAUCGUUUCUUAAACGAAAUAUUUUAUGCGUAAAACGAAACGUCAAUAUGACAAUUUUAAGCCUUGCGCAUACUAGAUAAAUACAGGAUUUAUUCAAAGUGGAGGGUACGGCUUUUCGUAGUAUCGUAUAUCUCAGUUGUCAUUUUGCCUAAUUGCAAUUUCCAUGCAACAUCUAGUCAAAAUAUUUUGUGUGUAGGUUUGAAAUCUGUUACAAGAUGGAAUGAGUACUGAUUGUUUGAUUGUAAAUAAUAUGUUGAAAGAGAAACUUCUGUAACUUCUGAGUUAAAUGAAAUAUACACUCUUACCUAGUUUCAUGGAUGUAUUUACUAUGUUAUGUUUUUAACUCUAAAAUAUUUCGUGUUAAAAUAAACGCGUGCGGAGCCGCGGGCAUAGGCUAGAUCAGCAACAAAAAAUAUUAUGUACAUAUUUAUAUAUUUUCAAACUUGAGAUAGUAAAAAAAAAUACAAUUAUAGAAUCGCUGUAAUCUCUUAAAAUCAUAGUUUUCUUCAUGUAAAAGAGAUGUUUCAUUUUCGGUCUGAUCGUUUCGGGCCUAAAGGCCCGAUUACAACUAUACUCAUUUAAAGUAAAGAAAUAUCUCAUUAGCGUACUGUAAAAGAUUUCUCCUUCUCAAGAUAAUGUAGAAAUGGCUAGAGCAUCAUACAAAAAUGAAAUAUCUCCUUUAUUCUAUAAGAUGACAAAUUGAAAUUAGAAAAUUCUCAUAAUAUUAAGUAGUAAUAAUGUACCAUCAAAUUUUAUUAAUUAACAUUUUCCGUGCCCGCCCGCCUAUUAAUUAUUAUUUUAGAAUGUUAAAUUUUGUUUAAUUUAGUAUGUGUUUAUCCACCACGUAAUUGAAACGAGCAAAUGUGCUGGGUAUAAACUUGUUUGGAAAAGUAUUGGAAAUAUGGGCUCGAUUCGAAAUUGAGAGAUUUUAUGAUAACUUUUGGUAAAUGGAAAAGGUAGGGUCACUGAAUAUAAUUAUGGAUAUAGAUCUAAAUGACUGUAAUUUUGAGCCCUAUUCCAUAAUGAUUGCAUGUCGUUUUAGAUGUAACUUACCAAACCAAAAGCGGCUGUUUAUGUAUGAUAUAAACUGAAGAUUCACAUCAGUACGUGGCUUCAAUCAGCGUAAUACUUUUAGCUGAUAAGCACCGUGCAAUGCAUUUACAGUGAUUUAGUUUAAUACAGGCCCAAAGGAAUAUUUUUAAUUGUCUCGGCCAGUAUAAUCAUAGAAUUUAUUUAUAGAAAAUAUGCCUUUGUUUUGUAGUAUAAUGUUAUUAAAUAUUGUUAUGUCGCUAGAUUUUAUUUUUAUUACACUAAUGCAUAAAAAUAUGUAAGUAUUGAAUGCCUAAUUUGCAACUACCUAACUCGCAUAGUAUCAAAUCAAAUCAAUUCAAUACUGCAUACUAUUAUCAUGAAAAAUAAAUAGUUAGCUAUGUAAUAUAUUUUGUAUACACAUGUCGUAAUAGGCCGACAGUCACAAAUUUUCCAAUUCAAAUGUAUUUAAAAAGUUUUAAUGUUAUUCAUGUUACAGACAACGCACAUAUGAGUAGGUUCCAGCAGUAGUGGAAUAGUAUGGGAGGAGUGUGUGUUUGUUUUUUAUGUCAAAUGCUGCGAGAUUUAGGGCCAGCUCUCUAAUACGUCACGUGUCACUCUUGCACUGCUCCACUACUGUAGGAACCUACAACUACUACUGUAGAACCGGGACAAACUUGACCUUCACUGGUUGAGUUUUUAUUGGCAGUCAAGCUGUAGAUCCUGGCUACACAGGAGUUCCAGUGGUGGGAACGAGAGGUGGGAAUAGUCCUGUUGUAGGAACCUACUCAGUUAUGCGUUAUGCCUUUAUCAUGGGAUUUCAAUGAUUCGCCUUUGCAGAAGUAGCGUGUUAUCUA